AUGCUUGAACCAUGUAUCAUUCUACCACCUAAUGCUCAUCAAAACAUACAGACUAUCAUUAAUGCUCUUCCAGAUGCAAAAUUUGGUCGUGGGAUUGGGUCUGGUCUCAAAUCUCUACUUUUUGAGAGGUACUCUUAUAGUGAGAGGGAGGCUGAGGAACAAAUUGAGUGCAAAAGGUUGCAGAAACAGUGGCUUCACGAUACGGACCAGAUCAAAAGUAAUCUUAUUAUCUAA